AUGCAUUCAGCCAGCACUGCCCUCACAUUUGUGCUAUCCCUCGCGAUCCCAAUCGCAGCCCAGACCAUACCCUACUACCAUAUGUGGGCCGACACGAACGGUGUGUCGCAUGUCUCCCAAUGCAACUUCACCGAUUUGCAACUUCAAUUGCUAUCGACGGGCGACAGUCCGCAAUACCUUGACAAAAUCGGCUCAACUUUCUCCAACGGCACUUAUUCAAACACCAACUUUACCACCGAUAUCACGUUCACCGUGCAACCUGCAGGAUGGUCCGCGGGGUGGCACAAGAAUCCCAAGGUUCAGUUCAUCGUUCCACUUAGCGGAAGCUGGACGAUUCAUAUGACAGAUGGCAGCGUGGCCACAAUGGGACCAGGGGAGGUGGCCCUCGGAGAGGAUCAAUUCGCUACUGCCAUCUCAAGUGGAGAAUAUGCUGGUGCUAUUGGACACAAUGCCACCAAUGUGGGUGAUGAGGCAGUGAAUUUGAUGAUUGUUCAGACGGACUGGAUUCCAAAAGUUGGAGAGCCAUGUUGGCUGGAAUAA